UCGGUUUUAUUGUUUUUUCCUGCCCCAUAUGGACAGUCAUAAUUUAUCCGCUUCGAUUAUCUUGGAUUCCAUUUUCGGCGCGCCUGACUCCAUCCUUUCUCUCCAUUGCCCCCAUCGAUUAAUCCACCGGUGCAUAUAACUACCUACGACCCCUCGCCCGUCACCUACCGCAAUUUCCUCCCUCUCUUUCUCUCUCUCCCUCUCUCUCCCUCUCUACUCUCUCCCUACCUCUCCCCAAACGCUAUCUUCUGCUCUUUCCAAAGCCCGCCCACGGUGUUUUAUGCUCCCAUUCCCAUCCUGAUCUUGGGACACAGACCUUUCUGAUUUAUUUCUCGCCAGCUACUCCCUUUUGCCACAUCUUGUCUAGCAUAGCUAACACCAAUGGAGUCUAUCGUCCGGAAGCCUGAAGUGAGCUUCCAGAGCCACCGCGACAUGGCUGUCAAGCAACAGCGGGAGCCAUCCCGUCUCCGAGCAAGCCCCCAAGACGAGCUACACGAUUUGCUUUGUGUGGGGUUCGGUCCUGCAUCGCUCGCAAUCGCAAUUGCCUUGAACGAUGCCUUGGAUCCUUGUUUGAACAAGUCCACCUCCAGCUCCGGCUGGCAACCUAGAGUCUGCUUUCUGGAGCGUCAGAAGCAGUUCGCCUGGCAUCCGGGCAUGUUGCUGCCCGGAUCGAAAAUGCAAAUCUCUUUCAUCAAGGACCUGGCCACCCUCCGUGAUCCCCGCAGCAGUUUCACCUUCCUCAACUACCUUCACCAGAAGGAGCGGUUGAUUCACUUCACAAAUCUAGGCACGUUCACUCCAGCUCGCCUGGAGUUCGAAGAUUAUAUGCGCUGGUGUGCGCAACGGUUCUCCGAGGUGGUCUCCUAUGGAGAAGAGGUGAUUGAUGUGGUUCCGGGCAAAACCGACCCGACAGGCUCGGUGGUUGACUAUUUCACUGUUCGUUCCCGCAAUGUCGAGACCGGAGAGAUUUCCUCCAGAACGGCACGGAAGGUCGUAGUUGCGCUUGGUGGCAGUCCAAAGAUGCCCCCAGGCCUUCCUCAAGACCCCCGGAUUCUGCAUUCGUCCCAGUACUGCACCAAUCUACCCGCUCUACUCAGCGACGAGCGCAAACCUUACAACGUUGCCGUUCUUGGAAGCGGCCAAAGUGCUGCGGAAAUCUUCCACGAUAUUCAGAAGCGUUAUCCUAACUCUAAGACUACCCUAAUAAUGCGGGAUACCGCCAUGCGACCCAGCGAUGACUCCCCAUUCGUCAAUGAACUCUUCAAUCCCGAGAGAAUCGAUAAAUUCUACAACCUUUCUGCGAAUGAACGUCAGCGUUCCCUCAAGGCCGACAAGGCCACUAACUACAGUGUCGUCAGGCUUGAGCUCAUCGAGCAGAUUUUCGACGACAUGUAUACCCAGCGAAUCCAGAACCCUGACGAGACACAGUGGCAACACCGCAUUCUACCUGGCCGUAAAGUCACCCGAGUUGAACAUCAUGGUCCCCAAAGUCGGAUGCGCAUUCACGUUCGCGCCGCUAAGGAUGGAGCGGACAGCUUGGUUGGUGAUGGCAAGGAGACAUUGGAGGUGGAUGCCCUCAUGGUGGCAACGGGUUACAACCGCAAUGCACACGAGCAACUUUUGAAGAACGUACAGCACCUGCGACCGGCGGGGCAGGAAGUUUGGACCCCUGGCCGGGAUUAUCGGGUCGAUAUGGACACCAGCAAAGUCAGCGCCCAUGCAGGCAUUUGGCUUCAGGGCUGCAAUGAGAAGACACAUGGCCUGAGCGACAGUCUUCUGUCUGUCUUGGCCGCUCGAGGCGGAGAGAUGGUGGAAUCGAUCUUUGGUGAACAGCUGUCGGGUGCGACGGUGCCGGCCACCAGAUUGCGCGCCAUGCUGUAAUACAGGAAUCUGAUCCAGGGAGGCAUCCGCAGGUCUGUUUCGUCGGCACAACUUCCUGAUGCCUGGGAAUAAUACUUAAAUGAUCAGAAGAGAAGAGGAGAAAAAUAGAGGGGCGGGUGAGAUGAAAAAAGAAACGCUUGCUUCAGGAAUUACCUUGACUGUAAACAGUAUAUUUGUCAGUUAUGAUCGUU